AUGAGGCAGAGACGUGAGUCAGAGUGUUAUGACCAGCUGGAAGAUGUUACAUAUUGACUGAUAGCUGUUUUGAUGGUUGUGCUCUACUCAUCGGGUUUGCUUGCUGUAGUAUAUAUGAUGCUUGUUAUUCAUAAAUUCGAUGAAGAAUCCGGAAGCGAAAUAUCCACAAAAAUUGCCAUAACUGAUGUUAAAGUGACCGUUGUUGAUAUUAGGCUAUAA